CCGUAGCCUAGAGCGUCUCCAUGGCGGAAAAGUGCGGCGAUGCCAUCCACUCCGUCGAGGUCCUGGAGAAGAACUUCAUGGCUUUGCAAAAAAAAAUGGAAGAGGAUUUCUCCCAAGUGGAGACCAUUCAGAUGAAGGUAAAAGCUUUGAGUACCGACUGGGAGGAACGACAUGAGCAGCUGAGGGUAGAGCAGGAAAAGGUGGCAGAGCUGGAAGCCCAGAUAAAGCUGCUGAAUGCCAAGCAGGAAGAAGUCAUGGCUUCCCUUCAAGCUGAUAUGAUCCGUGCUGCCAGCCAGAUCCAGGAGAAGGAAGGGCUGGCGGAGCGGCUCAAGGCAGAAAUUGCCUUCCUGGAGAAGAGGGUGAAGGUGGCCUGUCGGGAGGCUGCCGGGAGCGCUGCUGAAUUGGAAAAAGGAGCUCACGAGGCCCGGGUAGCUUUGGAGGCCACGUUAUCCUCUCUCUGUCCACAGCUGGACAGAGAGGAAGUAGUGAAUGAAACCUUGGAGUUCGAGCAGGAGGUGCCGCAGCAUUGUGAGAAAUUCCUGUGUGGCCAGGACACCGAGCAGCCAGGAAAGGCCGAAGGAGCGGAAGCCGCGGCAGAAAAAGCUCUGCAGGGGCAGCCCCAGGAGGCAGUGGGUGGCCUGCAGGAAGAGGCCAAGCCCAGAGCUGGUGUGGCUGUUGCUUCGUCCACCGAUCUUCUUUUGGCUCUUGAAAGGCAUGCACUGGGUCCCUGGAGCCACCGGUCAGGGGAACAAGCUGUGUCCAGAAGCCCACUUGGCUUUCAGAAAUGCAGGGAGGUCUUUGAGAGUCCUUUCUGGGGGAAGGCUCCUGCAAGCUGGAGAGGGGUGAAAAUUGUACUUCUGUUACCGGGGGUCUUUCUGAGAUGCAUCUUGCUGAAGCUGAUCGUCACCAAGUGUUGA